AUGUCCACUCUGUCGAUGGCCUGCUGCUGCGUCUUAGCAGAGGCUGUGGGGCCCCUUUGGCUCUUCCUGCUAAGCCUCGUGGGCGUGGGCAUCAUGCAGGGCCUUUCAACGUGGGGCUACCUUGAGGCAAAUGCUUUGCUGAUUUGCGUCCUCCUGCAGAUACCGCUGAGCAUCGCCUACUUGACACAUCGAAGGCUUGUGAAGCUGCACCCAGAAAGUGCCCUUGUCACCCUGGCCUUUCCUUGCAUCAACACCGCUUUGUGGGUUCUCUCCUUCUUCUACCUUCCGAUCGGCUCCAUCGCGAGCCCGGCCUACGACCUGGCGGGCCAGGCCCUCAUCCUGACCCAGUGUGCCGCGUGGUUCGGGCGCAGCGGUGUCACCUUCGUCCUCAGCUGGCUGGCGGCGGCGGGGGCCCACCGCUUUACCCACCCAACGGCGGUGCGGGGCUGGAG